AUGGCCCAAGAGAUAAGAAUGUGGUGCGAGGGGAGGAAGGCGAGCUCGUGGUUAGCAGGUGGGCUUGACAGCAAGACAUUGGUGCGCAAUGUGCCAGGUAACGGGAGGCAUGCAUGCGGCUCGCCGCAACAACCAAGGCGAGCAAAAAAUCGGACACACGGUGCGUCAUGGGUCUGCCAACGCAAAAUGGGCACUGGCGGUCUGGUGGCCCGGGACAGGGAGGUGCUAAUGCGAUCGGUCGGUAUCGAAACGAAGGGGCCGUUCCCGCGGCGAAAGCAAGACUCAGGCCUGUUUCAUAUGUAUUUCCCAAGUCAUCCAACUCCCAAACGACCGGCCUUCCAAGCUGGCGAGCUGUGGUGUUUGGCAGUGUUUGGCACGCACACGCGCAGAUUUCCCUGCCUGCCACCCGCACGUCAGACGAGCGAUUCCGAUUCCGUGGCGGAGACGGCACACCCUGGCACCAAUCGACCGAGCGAGCUUCCUUGUCUUCCUCCUGGGCGCAACCUUGGCCAGAGAUGCAGCCUUGAAAUUGGCGAAUUUGGGCCGGCCGAGCGUGACAAGCGCUGCGAAAGACAGCAGACCACAACCAGGCGAAUAGCGGCGAUCGGCCUGCUGGGCCGCGAGUGGUCCAGCCGCAUCAACGCAGCCAGCGACGUCCAAGCCAAGAAGGUGUCCAAGGACAAGAACGGACGAGUGUGGCUUCGCGCUGGGCGUGGGCGUGGGCGUUGGAUAGAGUAUGUCAGUAGUAUGCCAGUGUGCCCGCAUGCCAGUAUGGGAGGGGCAGUGGAGGAGACCGAAGAUACAGCAGCCCGCCCACACAUCAAUCAAACUCUGGUGCACGUGGACAGCAGAGUUAUGUUGGAGAAAAGAUGCUGCUUCAUCAUCACAUGCAGUCUGUUUCUGCUUCGACUGCUCCACGUCAUGGCCAACUGGCUGGAUCUGCAGGAACCUUACCGCUCCGCCGACCAAAGCCAGAAUCAGAAUCCUCUCACGCUUCCGGUGCGGUGCGGUAUCGCUGAUGAGCUGGGCUGGGCUGGGCUGGGCUGGGCUGGGCACGAUCAUAGAACAACAUAUCAUGCCUCUUCCGGGCUGCCGAAUAUGCAUGAGCCACGCAAUCUUCUCUCUGGUGACCGUCUCGUGUCAGACCAGAUGAGAGAGACGUAUAGCAGUAGAAGGAUUAUUGCUGGCAGAGAAGACGGCAGAAGACUUAUUGCUAUGCCGGCUAUCCGACAGCUCCGGCCAAAUGAGUGCCGUGAUGCACGCAGGGAUGCUUGUGGCAUUGUGAGUCUGACAGAUGCAUCUCGGCCGGUCACGCGAGUACAGCACGGCGGCAGUCUAUUGUCACGCUACCAAGCUUUUCGGGCUGUGGGGCGUGCCAGAUCAUACAACAAGAUGGAUGUGCCAGAUGGCGAGCACUGGCAUGGAUGCGGGGAUGCCAUCUUGCGUCAACCGCUUACAGUGCCUCUUGACGCUACUCAGCCACUGCUGAUUGAUCAGCACCCGUCCGCCUGCCGCAAGCCCAAAUUCGCAUCUCUUUGGAAUCGCCAACCAUACCACGAUCUAGCCGUUUUGGACUUCACCGAAGCGACUACGUCCAAAGCAGAGCACUGCAGCAGCCAUAGUAUGCAGCACCAUGGAGAACGAGCCCAUUCCGGGAGUGCCCAGGUACUAGCAUGA